GUCGAUAUACCGUUGCAGUCACGAAAGUUGGCGACCUGAUCACCAACUUCAACCCCAGCUCUCGAGACGUUUUCCUUGAGCCCGUGUAGGACUUACUCGAUUAAUUUGAUGAAUCAUCAACAGAUGGACACAUCUCCUUACCACAGUAUCAACACAGGCGAAGCUCUCAAUGCUAGUAGGAAAUACCAUGGUAUGUAAUACGCUUCAGCAACUAAGCCACCGAGUCCACACCAAACAAGCAUUCACUUCCACUCUCGCUCUUGUUUGCUAACAACGAGCGUGCGAGAUUUGAACCGGUUGGGAAUUUGAGACGCAGUUUUAGUGGAAGGUCUGCACAGACCGAUCAGACACAUACUUUGACAAAUAAUGAAUAUAUUUAUGGGCCCACCCACUGCCCAGUUUGUUGGCAGCAAGACUCAUGAGGAAGUAUUUAUAGCGAAGGGACGCUGAGGAGUAUGAGUACAGAAGAUUAAGGAGUUUCCACCUCGGCCUUCAUGGUACAGGGAGGGAUUCGUCUUCUGCUCCAGCCUCCACCUUCCUUCCUGUGCUUCUGUCAUGGAGUCACGGAUCCAGUGCGGUGCGCACUGCUGCCACAAAUCAAGGCAUUCAGGUUCUGAACCGGAAGCAUAACUACAACUGCAUGGCAUUUAUGGUCGUCUCUGGCAGGCUUGACUAGAGCAGCUUCCUUUCACGGAUAGCUAUAAUUUCCUUCGGAGCCAGUGCCCGCCCUCUGCCCGCCCUCUCCCACCCACCCAGCUCGAUCACCGUCUUCGUGCUUUCAACGCACUUCCACUUGGGCCAGAGGAAGAGAGUGCGCAGCUCACGAGUGUCAUUGUGGCCGUUCUCCUGACCCCGCAUUGGCGGCCAGUCUCAUCAGCUGGAGCACACAUACAGAUUCCAUGUUCUGCCCGGACGUGGUGGUGUUACCCGAGAGGUCUAUCACCAUUUUCUUACCGAGACAGAGUAUUUGAUUCUACAGGGCUUCGCCCUCGUUGAGCCGGGAGAUGUACUUGGACGACGAAAUGCGCAUGCAGUCAUUGGGACGAGCGUGGAGUGAGAAGUCUAGCUCAGUUUGAUGGUACGCGAUCGUCCUGAUCGAAGGUUGAGUAUGAUUUCAGUGAAGGUGAACUGAAGUGAUCUGAGUACGUACCGCGCAGGGAGGAGUCCAGGGCAGUUAACACUUUGCUGUGAGCUGGAGCUGGAGCUGGAAAUCAUGAAGGUGUCGGAGGGAGUGUUUCGAUCUACGUUGGCAUAUCACAAAAUGUCCACGAGCUUAGGCCUCGUUGUUUUGAUAGUCCUGAUGGCGAUGGAGCCAGUGAGAUCGGAUUCGUGCGGUUUUUCCGGGCUGUUUGCAUUCGGCGAUUCGUUGACCGACACUGGCAAUGCCGUCACUGCCUAUCCUCAAGCUUUCCUGGGUCUCGUGCUGCCUUAUGGGGAGACUUAUUUCGGCCAACCGUCUUCGCGAGCUUCCGACGGCCGGCUCACCAUUGACUUCGUAGCGAGCUCGAUGGGGCUCCCGUUCGUGGAGCCGUAUCUGCAGAGUAUGUCAGCGAGCUUCAAGCACGGGGCGAACUUUGCAGCCGCUGGAGGAACUGCGCUGCCGAGCAAUGCCAACCCGUUUGAUCUGAGCGUGCAGUUCCAAUGGUACAAGACCUUCAAAUCAUCCGUCUUGAACGCGUAUGGAUCGAAAGCCACAGGAACCGGAUCUCUGCCAGAUCCGUCGAUAUUUCAGAACGCUCUGUACGUGAUUUCCAUCGGGGGCAACGAUUACUUCGGAGCUUACGGGCACAACGUGCCGAUCGAUAACGUGAAAUACGAGCUGGUCCCGACCGUGGUGAAUUCAAUCAAGCACACUUUGGAGGGGUUAUAUUCAGAAGGGGCGCGCAACUUUCUGCUCUGGAAUGUGCCGGCGCAAGGCUGCUCGCUGGCUCUCCUGCAGAGGUUCACGUCCGGCGGCCCGCAGGAUGAUCAGGAUCAGGCGGAUCUCGACGACCUCGGGUGCCUGAAAGUGUUCAACGAGGUGUCCGCUCUGCACGGCUCUCAGCUCCAGACCAUGGUCGACACCUUCUUCUACCAACGACAAGGCAACAUGAGCAUCAGCAUUGCCGACUACUAUACGAUCAACUACGAUGUCCUCAAGAACCCGUCGAAAUACGGGUUUUGGAACACCAUGCAGUCUUGCUGUGGAGCAGGACCCAGUCGGUACAAUUACAAUCCCGGAGCCAUCUGUGCUGGUGCGCCACAGUGGGAUCGGGGCCAAGUGAUCGCAUCAUCGACCUGCGACUCUCCAUCAGGUUACGUAAAUUGGGAUGGGAUUCACUUUACCGAAGCCAUGAAUCAUGUCGUUGCACGAGCUUCUUUAUCAGGUCAAUACUUGCAUCAUCCAACCGAUCAAAGCAGUGUGCUGAAAAGGUGCAACUUCAUUCUGGGAUAACGAUCCUGCGGUUGCCCUUUCUGCACGAGGCAUUGUCAUUGUCAUUGCCAUCUUUACGUUCAUACAUCCUCGACUUCCGCAUUCUCCUCCGCCACCGUCGCACGUCAAGCCCGCCUUCCUUGUUGUUCAGGAAGAGCUGUGGCGAUGAAGAUUCUUUCGUACUCAAAGUGCGGAACUAAGAUGAUACCGUCUAAUCCUAGGCGGUGCUCCUGGCAUGCCAUUAUUGCUGUAGAUUCGAGUCUUCACGUAAACGGGGUGGCAUAAUUCACCGCAAUAGCAGUUCUGUGAAACUUCACCAGACUGCUCUUGCUGGUGGUCACUUGACUCGGUUUGCGUCGGGGACCGCAGCAGCGAGGAUCUCAUGGCUUGUCCAGGAGUACCAAGCGUCUCUCACUCAUUCAGUGUACUAUACUCCGGGUCGAGGAGCCAUACUUGAUAAAUAAACAUCCAGCUUACACAGUCA